AUGGCCGACGACGCGGCCUUGGCCGCCAUCACGUCCAUCGUGAAAUCUUUGGCCGCCGAUCCUGGCGCCGCGCCUACCGUUCGUGUUGGGGCCAAGAAUCAUAUCAAGCUGCCUGGCCGCGAGACACAUGAGAAACAGUCGCUGGAGCGCGAGCUGGCUUCGCUCGUAUUGAGAGUACAGCAACUCGAGACCCGAGCCAGUUCGGCCGGCGCCACAAACUUCCCCGACACCCCCAACGAGACUUCUGAUUCCCUUUUUGGUGAUGACACUUCAUCGCCCUCAACUGCUGUGAGUCGGACUUCGCUUAAGACUAAGCUACCGGGCAUCGUCCGCAAUGGCGGCGUCAAAGAUCGUGGUAUUAAAACAAACCAGCUCACCGAGGAUGCCCUCGAGGGCUUGCGAGAGCACAUCGAUGAUCAGUCGAAGCUGCUUGACAGCCAGCGCCAGGAGCUCGCUGGUGUCAAGGCUCAGCUCAUGGAGCAGGAGCAGCUACAGGAGAAAGCCCUUGCGAUCAUCGAGCAAGAACGUGUCGCGACCCUGGAGCGCGAGCUCUUCAAGCACCAGAAGGCGAACGAGGCCUUCCAGAAAGCCCUCAGAGAAAUUGGCGAAAUUGUUACCGCCGUCGCUCGUGGUGACCUCUCGAAGAAGGUUCGAAUGAACACCGUCGACGUGGAUCCCGAAAUUACGACUUUCAAGCGCACAAUCAAUACUAUGAUGGAUCAACUGCAAGUCUUCUCCAGCGAAGUGUCUCGAGUCGCUCGCGAAGUCGGAACCGAAGGUAUUCUGGGUGGCCAGGCCCAAAUCGAAGGCGUGGAUGGCACAUGGAAGGAAUUGACAGACAACGUGAACGUGAUGGCUCAAAAUCUCACCGAUCAAGUGCGUGAGAUUGCUUCCGUCACAACUGCCGUAGCCCACGGCGAUCUCACCAAGAAGAUUGAACGUCCCGCCAAAGGUGAAAUUCUCCAACUUCAACAAACUAUCAAUACCAUGGUGGACCAGCUUCGUACUUUUGCCUCGGAAGUCACCCGUGUCGCCAAGGAUGUCGGAACUGAAGGCAAGCUUGGUGGUCAGGCUGAUGUCGAAGGCGUCAAGGGCAUGUGGAACGAGCUGACCGUCAAUGUGAACGCCAUGGCCGAUAAUCUCACGACUCAAGUGCGAGACAUUAUCAAGGUCACAACAGCUGUCGCAAAGGGUGAUUUGACACAGAAAGUCGAAGCCGAAUGCAGGGGUGAAAUCUUUGAGCUCAAGAACACAAUCAAUUCCAUGGUGGACCAGUUGCAGCAAUUCGCCCGCGAAGUCACGAAAAUUGCUAGAGAAGUCGGUACCGAAGGCCGCCUUGGCGGGCAAGCUACGGUGCACGAUGUUGAGGGCACUUGGCGCGAUCUCACAGAGAACGUCAACGGCAUGGCCAUGAAUUUGACCACCCAAGUGCGAGAGAUUGCCAAAGUUACAACUGCCGUCGCGAAGGGCGACCUUAGCAAGAAGAUUGGAGUCGCAGCGCGGGGAGAGAUUUUGGAUCUGAAGAACACUAUCAACACUAUGGUUGACCGUCUGUCAACGUUCGCUUUCGAAGUGAGCAAGGUCGCUAGAGAAGUCGGCACUGAUGGAACUCUUGGCGGUCAAGCCCAGGUUGACAAUGUGGAGGGCAAAUGGAAAGACCUCACAGAGAACGUCAACACUAUGGCGUCCAAUCUUACAUCUCAGGUGCGAGGAAUAUCUACUGUCACCCAAGCCAUCGCGAACGGCGACAUGAGCAGAAAGAUCGACGUGGAAGCGAAGGGGGAGAUACUCAUCCUUAAAGAAACCAUCAACAACAUGGUUGACCGUUUGUCUAUUUUCUGUAAUGAAGUGCAGAGGGUGGCCAAGGAUGUGGGCAUCGACGGCAUACUUGGUGGCCAGGCCGACGUUGCAGGACUCAAAGGGCGCUGGAAAGAAAUCACAACGGAUGUCAACACUAUGGCAAAUAACCUGACGGCACAAGUGCGAGCCUUUGGCGAUAUUACUAACGCGGCAACGGACGGAGACUUCACAAAGCUUGUCGAGGUUGAGGCAUCCGGUGAGAUGGAUGAACUGAAAAGGAAGAUCAACCAGAUGGUGUUCAAUCUCCGAGAUAGUAUACAGAGGAAUACCCAGGCCAGGGAAGCGGCCGAAUUGGCGAACAAGACGAAGUCCGAAUUCCUGGCCAAUAUGUCGCACGAAAUCAGAACACCUAUGAACGGCAUCAUCGGCAUGACACAGCUCACACUCGACACCGACUUGACUCAGUAUCAGAGAGAAAUGCUUAAUAUCGUCAACAGUUUAGCCAACAGUCUACUAAUCAUCAUCGACGACAUUUUGGAUUUGUCCAAGAUUGAGGCUAGAAGGAUGGUUAUCGAAGAAAUCCCCUACACACUUCGCGGAACGGUCUUUAACGCGCUGAAGACUCUAGCGGUCAAGGCAAACGAGAAGUUCCUAGACUUAACGUACAGAGUGGACAGCUCAGUACCGGAUCAUGUUAUUGGUGACUCUUUCAGGCUGAGACAGAUCAUUCUCAACCUUGUUGGAAAUGCCAUCAAAUUUACGGAACAUGGAGAAGUCAGCUUGACUAUUCAGAAGGCUGUUGGCAUGCACUGCUCUCCGCAUGAGUACGCCAUUGAAUUUGUCGUUUCAGACACUGGUAUUGGUAUACCGGCUGACAAGCUCGACCUCAUCUUCGACACCUUCCAACAGGCUGAUGGCUCUAUGACCCGGAAGUUUGGCGGCACUGGUCUUGGUCUAUCGAUUUCCAAGCGCCUGGUCAACCUCAUGGGUGGUGAUGUUUGGGUCAAGAGUGAAUACGGAAAGGGUAGCUCUUUCUACUUUACAUGUGUUGUUAGAUCGGCUGAUGGCGAUAUUUCAAUGCUGGGCAAGCAACUCAAGCCGUAUAUCAACCACAAGGUGCUUUUCAUCGACAAGGGCAAGACCGGCCAUGGUUCGCAGAUCAAGCGAAUGCUUGCUGGCCUAGGCCUUGAGCCGAUUGUUGUUGACUCGGAGCACCACCCUACCCUGUCGCAACAGAUGCAAGAGGAUAAGACACCCCCCUAUGAUGUUAUCAUCGUGGACUCAAUCGAUACCGCACGGAGACUCCGGUCGAUCGAUGAUUUCAAAUAUCUCCCGAUUGUUCUCCUGGCUCCAGUUGUCCAUGUCAGUCUGAAGUCCUGCUUGGAUCUUGGUAUAACAUCCUACAUGACUACACCCUGCCAACUGAUUGAUCUUGGCAACGGCAUGAUUCCCGCUCUGGAGAACAGAGCUACACCUUCUCUCGCCGAUAAUACCAAGUCCUUCGACAUCCUGUUGGCAGAAGACAACACCGUCAAUCAGAAGCUGGCCGUUAAGAUUCUCGAGAAGUACCAUCAUGUUGUCACUGUCGUUAGCAACGGUCAGGAGGCCGUCGAUGCUAUCAAGCAAAAGAAAUUCGACGUCAUUUUGAUGGACGUUCAAAUGCCAAUCAUGGGUGGAUUUGAAGCGACGAGUAAGAUUCGUGAAUACGAGCGUAGUCUCGGCACUCAGAGAACGCCGAUUAUCGCGCUGACAGCCCAUGCUAUGAUGGGUGAUCGAGAGAAGUGUAUUCAAGCACAAAUGGACGAAUAUCUGUCCAAGCCGCUACAGCAAAACCAUCUCAUCCAGACUAUCCUGAAAUGUGCUACCUUGGGCGGUGCUCUGCUUGAGAAGAACCGAGAUCGAGACAUUUCGCGGCAGGUAGAUGUCAAGGCAACCGGGGCUAUCAACGCUGAUACACCAUCCGAAUACUUGCGGCCUCCCCUGCCCCGAUUUGCAACAGCCGCAGAUCACCAAAUCACUGGCAUGGACAGUCCUGCGAUUAUCACCGCAGACCAGGAGGAUCCACUGUCAAGGGCACUACUUGAAGUCACCAGCGAGAGUCUUUUCGACUGA